AUGGGCAUUCCUGGACUCUGGGAUUUCAUCGCCGAUUGCAAAGAAAUUGUUAAUCUUGCCGAAUUUGCAACCCAACAUUUCGAGCAACAUAAAAGACCCUUGAGGAUAGCAGUUGAUGAGGCAACUUGGAGACAUAAAUUAUAUAUUAGCAACAAAGCGAAACUUUGUAAAGAAUAUGCAAAUCUCCAUCUCAACGAGCGAAACCUUAUAUCUGUGGUUCUACGGCUCUUGAAAUUGAAUAUCCAGCUGGUUUUCGUAGCAGAUGGUCCUUACAAACCGGGUGAGAAAUAUGGCGCCAAGGGAGGUGGAGUGUGGAAGUAUAAAAGCGAAGUUUUGCAAAGUUGUUUGAAGCUUUUAGGAGUGAAGUGGCAUGAGGCGCCUGGGGAGGCGGAAGCGGAAUGCGCGGUUUUGCAGAGGAGAGGGAUGGUGGAUUGUGUUUGGACGGAAGAUGGUGAUGCGUUGAUGUUUGGGUGUGGGGUUUUGAUGAGAUUUUGUUACAGUGAUGAGGAGGAGGAGGAGAAUGGGGAGAAGAAGGAAAAGGGGAAAGGUGGUGGUGGGUGGACGGCGAAGAGGAGUGGGAUGAAAGAUUUGGAUAAAGUGGUGCUUUAUAGAGCGAGUAUCAUUCAAAGCAAACAUCCGGGUUUUGAUAUGGAGGGCUGGUUACUUUUUGUGUUGUUGAGGGGAGGAGAUUAUGGGAAGGGAUUACAUGGUUGUGGGGUAUGGAAGGCAAGUAAGGUUGUUGAAUUGGGGUUUGCAAAGGAACUUUGUGAGGCGAUGAAAAUAUCAGGGGAUCUUGAGAUUUGGAGAACCAAAUUACGGAAACAUUUUGUGGGAUCCAAUGCAGGAGUUAGCGUUCCUUGGAAUUUUCCGGAUGAAAGAAUUUUAGGUCUCUAUAAGUCACCCAGUGUUUCUUCCGUUGAAAGACUGGGAAGAUUGGAGGAAAAUCUGUGGAGUGGGACAAUUGACGAGAAGAAACUACAGCCUUUUCUAUUGGAAAAGUUUGAUUGGGGAAUCAAUAAAUAUCUCGACUACAUCGUCCCAGUCAUUCUCACACAGUCUCUAGCUUCCUUCGACCGGAAUGGAGAUUCCAACAUUGACGAGUAUAAUCUCACAUAUAUGGAAUCCGGACUAAUAUGUAACGUGUGGUUUUCAUUGUACGCCGUUACGUCUCUCGGAAAAGAGUGGGUGGACAAGUGUGUUGAGGAUUUAAACAAGAGGCGCCCGAAAAGAUGGAAACGGUAUGAAAUACCAUGGGGAAAUGGACCGAUGGGAGAGGGGAAGGGAUUGUUAACAUGUGUUGUCAAGCAUGCGAUGGAACCAGAGUUUUCUCCAGUACCUGAUGCUGAACCGGAACUCGAACAGUCUAUUUCUCAAAACAGAAGACGAUCUUUUUCACGACAUAGAAUGGUUCUCGAAGACAGGACACGAAUUAAAAAACCUCGAGUUUCGAUUUCACCUCCACCAACACCGACACCUCAAGAUCGAUUCGCGGUUACGAAAGAAGAGAUAUCGUUUAAUAUUUCUUUGUAUGAAGAUUCAGACGAUGAUUUAUUUGCUGAAUCUAUAGAGAAGGUCUCAAAACCUUCGAGGACAUCCACAGUUUUCGACAGUCAGGAAAGGCAGCGGGGCUAUAACACAAAUACAGAGAUGAAGCUGAAUUCAUCCAAGCCUCUCAAAUCCCCUGGAAAUUCUGUCUAUAAGAUUAGAUCACCAUCACACACUAGUCACAAACCUCAGUCAGCCCAAAAUUCUCCCACAAAUCUUCUCUCCAGCUCCAAACACAAAGCUACACCUCUUCCCCCCUCAACUCAAUCUGUCACCAUAGAUGAAGAAUAUAGAAACACAUUCCACAUCGCCAUGGACGAACCCCUAGACUCAGACCUAGACUCAGACCUAGACUCAGAAUUUGAAUUUGAAUUUCCCAACAAUUCAUUUCCUGAAACCAAAAUCCCACCACCUCAUCCAAUCGACUACCAAACCUCUCACUCCCACAUCAUCGCAAAUCCGCAACCGACUCUCAACCCCCUCAGUCUUCUUCCCACCCUCUCCCUACCCCCCAACAACCUCCCCACCAAUCUCGAAAACGACACAUUCACAAACGACACAUUCACAAACGACCCAUUCACAAUCGCCAUGGACGAACCCCUCGACUUCGAUCUCGAUUCCGAAACCGAGUCUCCGAACACAACAUCCCAAUCCCAUACUUCCUCGAUCCCAAAUCCGCACCAUAACACACCAUCUUCAAAUCUCUUGGAUACCAACACCAAUCAAUGGAUAUCUCCACCACAUCCACAUCCAAAUCCCAAUAUCCUCCUCUACCCUUCCCAUCCUACGGGUCCUUAUCAAGAACUUGAUAUUUCGUCUUUUUUUUCUUCUUCUUCGCUGUCUCAAUCUCAAUCUCAAUCUCAGUCACAGUCACAGUCACAGUCACAGUCACAGUUAUAA